UAUUAAGGAGGAAUAUGGCGUUGUAUAUUCUGCAAUGCGAGCAAAGGGCAGAGUUUUCCUCUCUACCAAGUUUCUUCUUCUCUCUGAAAUUACCCAAUUUCAUGGUGUUCUUCUUCGGUUUCUUUCCGGAACGUCGUUUCUCAAUCAGGUUGGGAUUGAAUUGUAGGUUUUGUGGAACUUAAUUGGUGUCGGUAGUUUCAUUUCGAAAUUUCGUUAAACAUGAGUGUGGUGGGGUUUGAUGUUGGAAAUGAGAAUUGUGUAAUUGCGGUGGUGAAGCAACGGGGAGUUGAUGUUUUGUUGAAUGAUGAAUCGAAACGUGAAACCCCCGCUGUGGUUUGUUUUGGUGAGAAGCAGAGGUUUCUGGGGUCUGCUGGUGCCUCUGCAAUGAUGAACCCGAAAUCUACGGUGUCUCAGGUGAAGAGACUGAUUGGUAGAAAAUUUACUGAGCCUGAUGUUCAACGUGACCUUCAAAUUUUACCCCUUGAUACUUCUGAAGCUCCAGAUGGUGGCAUUUUGAUUCAUUUGAAGUACUUGGGGGCGACUCAUACAUUUACGCCCGUUCAAGUUACAGCAAUGCUUUUUGCACAUUUGAAAGAUCUAAUAGAGAAGAAUCAGGAAAUGCCCAUUUCAGAUUGUGUGAUUGGAAUUCCAUCGUACUUUACAGACUUGCAAAGACGUGCAUAUUUGGAUGCUGCCACAGUUGCUGGGUUGAAGCCUUUGAGAUUGAUGCAUGACUGUACUGCAACUGCUCUUAGUUAUGGGAUUUACAAAACAGAUUUCUCAACUUCUGGUCCAACUUAUGUGGCAUUUAUUGACAUUGGUCACUGUGAUACACAGGUCUCUAUUGCGUCAUUUGAGGCUGGGGAAAUGAAGAUACUAUCUCAUACUUUUGAUAGAAGCUUGGGAGGGAGAGACUUCGAUGAGAUCUUGUUUAAUCAUUUUGCUGCACAGUUCAAGGAGCAGUACAGAAUUGAUGUUUACUCUAAUGUCAAGGCAAGUAUCAGGUUACGGGCAGCAUGUGAGAAGCUGAAGAAAGUGUUGAGUGCGAAUGCGGAGGCACCUCUUAAUAUUGAGUGCUUAAUGGAUGAAAUAGAUGUCAGGGGAUUUAUUAAAAGGGAAGACUUUGAGAUGCUGGCUUCAGGUUUGUUGGAGAGGAUUGGUAUUCCUUGUAGCAAAGCUUUAGCUGAUGCAGGUUUGACUGCUGAUAAGAUUCAUUCUGUGGAGCUUGUCGGGUCAGGGUCUAGGAUUCCAGCGGUUGCUAGAAUAUUAGCUUCUGUGUUCAGGAAAGAACCCGGCCGGACGCUGAAUGCGAGUGAGUGUGUAGCACGUGGAUGCGCUCUUCAAUGUGCAAUGCUCAGUCCUGUUUUUCGAGUCAGAGAAUAUGAGGUUCAAGACUCAAUUCCUUUCUCGGUAGCAUUCUUAAUAGAUGAAGCUCCAAUUUGCACAGGGACAAGUGGCAUCCUGUUUCCAAAAGGCCAACCCAUUCCAAGUGUUAAAGUACUGACGUUUCGACGAAGCAGUUUAUUUCAUUUGAAAGCAUUCUAUGCUAAUCCCAGUGAAGUGCCUGCUGGCACUUCUCCUGACAUUUGUUGUUUUAAGAUUGGCCCUUUCCAAUGCUCCCAUGGCGAAAAAACAAGGGUUAAAGUUAAAGUUAAAGUUAUGUUGGAUCUCCACGGUGUUGUCUCUGUUGAAUCAGCUAUGGUGAUGGAAGAUCACGGAGAUGACUCUUCUACAAGGGGUCUUGCCGGUUCAAAAAUGGAACCAAUGGACACUGAUUAUGUAACUGCUUCUGGUUCUACUGAGGCAGUUGCAGAUGGAUUUGAAGAAAGCAGCAUGCAGCACAACUCUUCACAUACUGGUGGUGAGGCUAAAAGAAACAAAAAACCCACCAGGCGGCUAGAGAUACCUGUUAGUGAAAGUAUAUAUGGUCGAAUGACCAAGGCUGAACUUUCAGAAGCUCAAGAAAAAGAACUCCAGUUAGCUCAACAGGACAGAAUUAUGGAACAAACCAAAGACAAAAAGAAUGCGUUGGAGUCUUACGUCUAUGAGAUGCGAAAUAAGCUUCUCAACACAUAUCGAAGCUUUGCAAGUGAUCAAGAGAGGGAGGGCAUCUCCAGGAGCCUGCAGCAGACAGAGGAAUGGCUUUAUGAUGAUGGAGAAGAUGAAACAGAAAAUGCUUAUACUUCAAAGCUGGAAGAUCUUCAGAAGCUGGUAGAUCCAAUUGAGAACCGAUAUAAAGAUGAGGAAGCAAGAUUACAAGCUACAAGAGAUCUGUUGAAGUGCACUGGGGAUUACCGGAUGGCUGUGAAUUCACUUCCACUCAUGGAUAGAGAAUCGGUUGUUAAUGAGUGCUAUAAAGUGGAGCAGUGGCUUAGGGACAAAAACCAACAACAAGACUCAUUGCCAAAGAAUGUUGACCCAGUCUUAUGGUCAAAUGAUAUUAGGAGCAGGAAUGAGGAAUUGAAGUCGAGAUGCAACCAUGUAUUCAGAUCCAGGGCUCCUAAUCGCGAGGACCACAAGGGCUCUAACCAACAUGACACUUUCUGAUCACUAGUGAGUGGAACAAUGCAGGAUGCGUACAAAAAAAAUUUAAAGCCCUACUUUCUUUUUUGUUCUGACAACUGUUUCUGUUGCAUUCACGGUUUUGCCUUUGAAUGGAUGGGCAGCAGUAUACAAGAACAUAAUAGUCAAUAUCGGACUCUGAUUUUUGCUUGUUCUUCUGCCGAAGACCUAUGUCAAUGAUAUUGUCUUGAGCAAACUGAUGAGGUCUCAUGAAGUUAGUAAUACGGAGCAUAUAUUGCCCAAGCGCUUGAAGCAGUCAUUUGAACACUUUGUUGCUAACAUAAUCCAUGGUUUUUGCUAGUCCUGAGUCCUGACCGUGUUUGCGAGUGCUUUUUGUUUCAGAGCAUCAAAUGUUGUGUAAGAGGUUUUCUUCAGGGACAGUUUUCCUUCUUUUGUGGGUUUUAUUUUUGAGGGAAAGCAAGUAUUCCGAAAGCAUGAGCAGAAAUAUUGUCUCCCUUGUGCCCGAUGAAUUGCUUUGUUAUGUGCAUUUGUCAUGUAGCAAAUAAACUUCUUGUACCUUCAUGAUUGGAAGAUUUAGGAUGCUUGAAUAUAAACCUAUUGUUACUGUGUUUGAGAA